ACCUACACGGGUGUUCGUGCAUGCGGUGCGUGCGUGCGUGCGUACGGAAGACUGUCUGCCCUCGUGCUUCAGAGUGAUCGUGACGACGCGUUUGUUACACUCGUGGCAUUGCCUACUACGUUUAUCGAAAGUGUACACCGUUAUUACUUUUACGUAUUCGACUCGCCGUAGUACCUGCUUCUUCUUCUGCUGCGAGUGUCGUUCACCGAGGCGCCUGGUCGCCACACCAUAUCAACUUCCUAUCCAUCCGAGGUGGACGCAAAGUGGAGGUUGAGACUGGAGACUGCGAGGAGGUUAACAGGUGGAAAAGGGUUGAAGUCCGAGAAAUAGCACCACGCGUCACGCAGGGGUGGUGGGUCUAUGGGGGGCUCCGCCCCAGCGGCCCCCCGGCUCCAGUCCAAACGGAAGCUGCCGGAACGGUGCCAUUCUGGCGAGGUCCAAGACCGCCCCGCUUCCGGUACCACCGUCCAAACGGAUGAAGAGCCCCUCCAACAUCAUGAGGCAGUCUAGCCUCACCAAGCUUGGUUCCAUGAUCAAUACCGCCGUGAACAAGAGAGUCGGCAAUGGUGACAUACAGUGGUGUUUCUCGCAGGUGAAAGGAACAUUGGAAGAUGAUGUUACUGAAGCUGAUAUAAUCUCUUGUGUUGAAUUUAACCAUGAUGGCGAUCUUCUUGCAACAGGAGAUAAAGGUGGUCGGGUUGUCAUUUUUCAAAGAGAUCCCAUUAGUAAAAACAGUAUACCUCGGAGAGGUGAAUACAAUGUAUACAGCACCUUCCAAAGUCAUGAACCUGAAUUUGAUUACCUGAAAUCACUAGAGAUAGAAGAAAAAAUUAACAAAAUUAGAUGGUUAAAAAGAAAAAAUCCAGCACAUUUUCUACUUUCCACAAAUGACAAAACAAUUAAGUUGUGGAAAGUUAGCGAACGAGACAAAAGAGUGGAAGGGUAUAAUACAAAGGAGGAAAAUGGUACAAUUCGUGAUCCUGCUUGUAUCACUUCCUUAAGGGUACCAAUAAUAAAACCUAUGGAGUUGAUGGUAGAGGCAUCCCCAAGAAGAAUAUUUGCCAAUGCGCACACCUAUCACAUAAACAGUAUAAGUGUCAACAGUGAUCAAGAGACGUACCUCAGUGCUGAUGAUCUUAGAAUUAAUCUUUGGCACCUUGAGAUCACAGACCAGAGUUUUAAUAUAGUAGACAUUAAGCCAACUAAUAUGGAGGAAUUAACAGAAGUUAUAACUGCCGCGGAAUUUCACCCGGCAGAAUGUAAUGUCUUGGUAUAUAGUAGUAGCAAAGGAACAAUUAGACUUUGUGACAUGAGAUCUGCCGCGCUUUGCGACCAACAUAGUAAGCUCUUUGAGGAACCAGAGGAUCCAACAAAUAGAAGUUUCUUCUCUGAAAUAAUUUCGAGUAUAAGCGAUGUAAAACUUAGUAAUUCAGGAAGAUAUAUGAUCAGUAGAGACUACCUCAGUGUGAAAGUGUGGGAUUUGCAAAUGGAAACAAAACCCAUUGAAUGUUACCCUGUACAUGAAUACCUAAGAUCAAAGCUAUGUUCAUUGUAUGAGAAUGAUUGUAUCUUUGACAAAUUUGAGUGUUGUUGGAGUGGUAAUGAUUCCGCUAUUAUGACGGGUUCAUAUAAUAAUUUCUUCAGAGUAUUCGAUCGUACAACUAAGCGUGAUCUCACAUUGGAAGCAGCGCGGGACAUUGCCAAACCGAAAACACUUCUAAAACCACGUAAGGUCUGUACUGGUGGUAAACGUAAAAAGGAUGAAAUUAGCGUUGACUGCCUGGAUUUCAAUAAAAAGAUAUUACAUACUGCUUGGCAUCCAUCUGAAAAUGUGGUAGCCGUUGCUGCUACGAAUAAUCUCUUCCUAUUUCAAGACAAACUCUAGCACAUCUGUAUGCAAAUCAUUCAACGGUAUAUAUUGACGUGAGCAAGGCACGUUCAACUGAAAAGUCCCAGUGGAACAAGGAGUGUCUGAAUUACACUGACGAAUGUCGACUAUUAAACGUGUCAAUGGUUGACUGACCGAAAAGUGGUGUACGUAGCGCCGUCCACACAGCUCACAUAUUCAUACACACUAUGUAUACACAGACAUACAGAAUUGCACGUAACACCUUGUCGCGCGUAUAUGUGUAUAUAAAUGCAUGCAAGCAGAGACAUACGCAUAGCUCUCCAAACUAUUGAAAUCCGCUAGUUCAAAUAAAAUGCACGUGGAAUCAU